UCUUAAGCCCCAAGAAGAAGACAGGAAGAGCCAGACACGCGCACGGCCGCCGUCGACGCAUAAACCCCCAACCACCGCCGACCCUCGCCGCACACAUCAAGCAAGAACUGCAGCGGCGCUCCACGUCUGCGGUCUUCUCCCUCGGUUCCCUCCAGAUCAUACCUCACUCUCUCUGCUGCUGAGAUGGCCAGCACGGAAGCCCCGACGCCUGCGCAGGCACCUGUCUGCUCGAUCGUGAAAGAAGCGCCUGCUCCUGCUGACUCGAAGCCUGUGGAGCCACCUGUUUGCUCGAUCGUCAAGGAAGCGCCGGCUCCUGCCACCGGCUCGACGCCGAAGAAGAAGAUCUGCUGUGCUUGCCCUGACACCAAGAGGCUGAGGGACGAGUGCAUCGUAGAGUACGGAGAAUCCGCGUGCACCAAGUGGAUCGAAGCUCACAAGAUAUGCCUCCGGGCUGAGGGGUUCAAGGUCUGAUUCUUCACUAGCCAGGCUGACGAUGUUACUUUCAUGGAUGUUACAGUACAUGUGAUUUAGGUUGAGAUGCAGUUAUGCCGCUGGGAUUCAUAGACUAGUAAACCUGUUUUUGCAAUGUCUGAAUGGUUAGCGAGUUUGAUGCUGAUUUUCAUGGGAAAUAAAUUGCUGAUGAGCGUGACUUUAUGGUUAA